UACUAGGUCAGAAAGGGCAAAGGAAAGUGUUUCAGCUCCGACGCAGAGAGUGAUAGACGACGAUCCUAAGCAGCUUUCGUUCUUUCGCAAUGGCUUUCGCUUCUCGAUUCCUUUCCAGAUCUAGCCGUCAGUUAUGUAGUAGCCAGAUCAUCACGCGGCCAGAUAGUGCCAUUCCAAUUCGUUCCUUUGCCAAAGGAGCUGGUGCUCCAGCAGCACUUAAGGGCGACGAAAUGUUGAAGAAUGUCUUUCUUGAGGUCAAGAAGAAAUUUGAGACUGCAAUUGGGGUCCUCCGAAAGGAGAAGAUCACCAUAGAUCCUGAAGACACUGCUGCUGUGACUCAAUAUGCCAAAGUCAUGAAGACUGUAAGGGAAAAGGCAAAUCUCCAAUCAGAGUCUGAAAAGAUCAAAGAAGCUAUUGAUACACAAACAAAUGAGAUUCCAGAUGCUCGGACUUAUCUGUUGACACUGAAAGAGAUAAGGAUUAAGAGUGGCCUUCCUGAUGAGCAUGGCAUUGAGGAAAAGAUGAUGAAUGCUUUGGAUAAGGUAGAGAAAGAACUCAAGAAGCCACUACUGAGGAAUGACAAAAAGGGAAUCGCACUCCUCACAGCAGAGUUCGAUAAGAUCAACCAGAAAAUUGGCAUCAGCCGAGAAAACCUGCCCAAGUAUGAAGAACAAUUGGAAAUGAAGGUUGCUAAAGCUCAAUUAGAAGAAUUGAAAAAGGAUGCCCUUGAGGCAAUGGAAACUCAGAAGAAGAGGGAGGAGUUCAAUGAUGAGGAAAUGCCUGAAGUGAAGUCUUUGGACAUUAGAAACUUUCUCUAAGAACAUUUGGUGGAAGACUUUUUCUUUGUGCUUUUCUUUCACCUUGGCAUAAUGAGUUCACAAGUGACCUCUGCUACAUUUGAAACAAUACCAUCCUGCUGAUAUGUUUUCAGGCGCUGGAUUUUUUUUUAUUUUUUUAAAAUAAAAGUAAUGACCAGGGAAUUAAAUGCUAUAUGUGUUUUAGUCCAGAGAAGAGAAUAUGCUUAUAUGCUGCCUGCAUUUGGUCAGUGGUUUUGUAAUUGAAAUGCAAUUUAACCUUUUGAUGCUACGAAAUUUCAAUCAAUUAUGGUGUGUCAGAUAGGGAAACUUGUCAUUCAGAAUUCUGUUUUGUGUA